AUGUUCAGAACUGCCCAGAGACUGACUUUUUCAUUACAGCUUUUCCAGCCUGGUGCUAUUAAUACAGUGAGACAGACUGGACUACAGGGGACGUGCAGCUCCGUCAUUUGUGGACACCGUACCGAGUAUCCUUGGAAGAAUGUCUGUACCAGGACAGUCGACCUGAUAAUGACAUGUCACACGCUGGCCAUAUUGUCCAACUGA